AUGGGUCUUUUAUCAGACCCUGAAUACGGGUCGGUAAAAUGGGUUAUAGUGUUGAAAAAAGUUCAUAAACCUCUUUCCUUGCUGCUUUAUAUUGGAGCCCUAGUAUGGUUUAUCAUGUUGGGCAAUAAAGAAUUUAACAAUGAGACUUACUUCUCUGAGAAUGCGCUCCUUCCUGGUUUAGUUACAAACGACUUUAACGGCGAACACUCUGCUAAACAGUUUUUUAACGAAUUCUUACAGGAACUAGAGGAUAAAUACGAGUUCAGUGAUGCAAUGCCAGUACCGUGGCUGGUGGCUAAGAUGUCACAACUCCAUUUAGAAGUGUACACACACAAUUUUACAUUGAACUAUCCCUUAGGGAAUGAACAGGUCUAUACUGGCACUAAUGUCUAUGGUAUACUACGGGCACCUCGUACAUCCUCAUUAGAGGCUCUGGUAGUGACGGCGCCUUACCGCUCUUUAUCAUCACAUCAGAAAGGGACAGCCGCUGGCAUUGCCUUGAUGCUGGCCUUUGCUAAGUUUGCCAGGCCACAAAAAUAUUGGGCAAAAGACAUUAUCUUCCUAAUUACCGAACAUGAGCAACUAGGGAUGCAGGCGUGGCUAGAAGCUUACCACGGGCUACAUAGCGAUGCUGAAACGUUUCAUACUAGCCUUGGGACUUUCUGGACGCCUGGUACCCCGGUAUUUGAUUUAGGGAAAUUGAUGCCAGGCUUCAGUUGGAAUGGGGACCAUAAGAAAUGCUUGAAUCCUGGGAAAUUAAAAGGACGCUCUGGAUCUAUACAGGCUGCUAUUAAUUUAGAGUUUCAUACUCCUAAGAUAAAGUACAUAGAAGUAAAGAUAGAAGGAUUAAAUGGACAGCUGCCUAAUUUGGACCUGGUUAAUUUAGUCCACAAGCUUUGUGUGAAGUCUGGGGUACAUCACUCGUUUAGAAACAGUUACUCUUGGAUCCGAAGUCGCAACAAAAUGGAUGACUGGAUGAAUGGAUUCUGGACUAUGUUCGACAUGGUUAUAGCACAAAUAGACGGGGUACCUGACGGUAACCACGGUCUCUUCCAUCGCUUUGGCAUUGAAGCAGUAACACUCGAAGGUCGUGAAGCUACCGACCCGGCUGGAAAAGCCCCUCGAGCUCAGGCGCUUUCCACAGCGACCUUCUACCGGCUUGGCAUAGCUCUUGAAAGCAUACUGAGAUCACUGAACAACCUACUAGAGAGAUUCCAUCAAAGUUACUUCUUUUAUUUGCUAGCCGCUACAAAUAGGUUCAUUUCAAUCGGUCAAUACAUGCCGUCCCUAUGUCUUUUAUGCGUUGCAAUGCUUGUGAAAGCUCUAUCAUUGUGGGUGUCUAUACCACAAGAGGGAGACGAUGAAUCUGACAAAAAGACGAAGGAAAAAACAAAAAAGCCAGCGAAAGAGAAGCAUUCAGAUUCAGAAUCAGCAGGAGAAGAGAAAUCUGAAGAUACACCUCUCAGGUUGCGGAAAAUAAAGAAAAAAUCUGACGACGUAGUACCAGGGGAGAAGGAAAAGACAGAGUUGAAACGUAAAGUUAAACUGACUGAUGAGUCUAGUAUGAGUGUUGUGAAUAUCGGCGCUAACUAUCUGUUAGUGCAUCUUAUUGGAUAUGCCGUUAUGAAUUCACCUGUUAUUUUAAGUCAUAUUGGUGCCAAAUACAACUUACCCUCAGAAGUGUCCGUCUUCUACGGUCUGAUAGCUAUAUCAGUUUUCCUAAUAAUUAUAACGCCUGUAGUCCCGCGCCUGGUACGCACGGCUCGCAUAACGCACGAGGAGCUCUCUCUAGUGAACAUACUACUCCUCAUUGAGCUGUCGACCGUGUGCCUUGCUGUUGGUAUGCAGAACUUUCCUCUCGGGUUCGUGAUCGCGAUGUUGUAUACACCACUCGCUUUGAUCACUUCCGUUGUUGUCAAAGGGCAAAGCAGGCUUAGUUCUGUACUCCUGGUACUAAAACGAGUUAUCUGCUUGCUGGUCCACCCCCUGGUGGCUGUGACCCUGAGUAUGAUCGUGUUCAGCAAUAUUCUAUUCCCGGAGGAGCCUUUCUUUGAUAUGAUGGCGCGUGGGCGGGAUGCUGCUAUGCAAGCAAUUAUGUUCUCUAUUGUAGAUUCUAUGAUUUACGGCAACUGGUUGUUCAACUUAGCUACGGCGGUGCUGCUGCCUAUAUGGAUAAUAUUUUGGCAAAUUUUAUGUAUUAAAGUUGACGCGCCUGCGUUAAAAUAA